AUGUCCAAUGUCGGCGCUCUGCACGCCUUCCCUAGCAACAAGCCCCUUCACACCAUAGAAGAAUCAGGACACAGCGACUACGAACCCACUGAGCGAGGUGACUCAAGGCUGCAGUCGUAUGAGGACAUCUAUUACAAUCAAGCAGUGAGAUUGGCGGCAGAGGAAUGGCAGGCUUCUUCCUCCGACAAUUCCAGCAGGUCCGAUGAAGGCCGCGCCUCUCCCAGAGCAGAUGCUCGUUCCAGGUCAGGUCAACUGCGGCAUCGCACAAAUUCCAAUAAACAGGCUCCUUUCCAAGAAUCAGAAGGGUCAGAUCAUGCCUCGGCGCAGAGGAGCUCACCCAGAGAAUCUGGCACCUUCUCAGUUGAAGAAUCCAACACCGACGUCACAUCUGCCAUGCAACAGUCUCUAAGGGGUGAGCACUCGGAUAAUGAAAACCCCUUCGUCGCCCCAUCAGACGAAUUCGACCUGGCAGCGCCGGUCAAGAUUGGAAACGAUCUACAUGCUCUCGAAGCUCUUUGCGAUCUGUUAUUUGCUGGCGAACAUCUAAAGAAGAUCUUUGCAGAUCCAUCCUCACUGCUGGAUUUCACGGCUUUCCUCAGCGCUUGCCGGCCAAGAUCGAUUCCCAUGCUAAUGUACCACCUGGAUGCCGCAGAAGCUUUGAAAGCUGUCAAUUAUGCCAUCACAAUCGCAGAUUCUCUAGAAGCGAUACCAGGGCACGACUUUACGUCUGCGCCGACUAAGACAUCCAUGAACUCGGAAUUGGAAUUCAAAGCCGAAAAGGCGUUCAACGUCCUAGUCAAGGAAGAUCUUCCGGCCUUUGUGACUCAGCUGUAUGUACAGACGGUCAAGUCAAGCAUGAUGAGGCGUAUUGCAGGUCCUGCCGUACCACCCUCGAGGGAUGAGCCGGAGGGAAUGUUGGAGGUCUUCUGUCUGACCGACCCGUCGCGAACUGACAAUCCUAUCGUCUUCGCCUCAAAAGCAUUCCAUCAAAUGACUCAGUAUAGUAUGGGUUACGUUAUUGGACGCAAUUGCCGUUUUCUGCAGGGACCAAGGACAAACAAGGCCAGUAUCGAUCGUAUCCGCAAAGCAUUGGACGAAGGACGAGAUCAUUGCGACCUGAUCCUUAACUAUCGUAGAGAUGGGUCUCCUUUCCUAAAUGUAUUGAUGCUCGCUCAAUUGCGCGACGUCAGCGGAAAGAUCAGAUAUACUCUCGGCGCCCAGAUUGACGUCAGCAACGUUCUCCCUGACAGCGCCGAUCUAGAUGGCGAGGUCUCUCAAAGAGGCCCUCAAAUCGACUUCAUGGGUCCAACUGCUCCUCCAGAAGGGAGCAAGCCGAAAGACAAAUCUCAAGACCCACGUGAGAUGCUGGAUUCGCAGAACCAACACGAGGAUGGCGGUCGAAGGGCGCCGACGAUACAAGAACAAGCAGAUGACGAUGUCCGGUCAACGAACGGUAACUGGCAGCGUCCUGCAGCUCUCCUGCGAGGUCUUUCCUCCGCUUCCCUGUCAGAGUACGGUUCUGAAAGCUGGGUUAACAACAAACUGGGUGGAUUUUACCAGCAUUAUCUUCUCAUUCGACCUUAUCCAUCCCUACGUGUCCUCUUCGCCUCCCCCUCUUUGCGCCUACCCGGCAUAGUGCAGGCUCCUAUAAUAGACAAGAUUGGAGGUAGUCCUGAGGUCCGUGAGGAGCUCACCCAGGCCCUAGCACAAGGCAGAAGUGUCACUGCGAAGGUCCGUUGGGUGAUGAAACCAGGCGAUCGAGGUCGCAAUCGAUGGAUCGCCUUUACGCCACUCGUUGGCAGCCACGAUCAGAUUGGCGUCUGGAUAGCUAUCUUGGUCGAUGAAGAAUCGGAAAACGAACUGAGGCUGGCGCCUCCAGUGAAAUUUAGAGUCCCUGAAUUGAAGAGACCGGCGCCGGCUCCUCCGAAACAGCCAUCAGUGGUACCAGCCAAGGACAGAGUACCCGAUGCCAAGGCCUUUGAUGCGUACUUGGAAAAGCCUAUGCCGCCCUUGCCAGAGAGACCUGUCCCCUCACGAAAUGAGGAAUCGCCAGCCAGUAUCAGCCCAACGGCCACCUCCUUCCUACCUGAGAUUGACGAGGCUUACGAAAGUCUUGAAGUGCGUUUGCGGAAGAAACGGGAGCGCGACGCGGCGAGAUUGCUUGAAAAGAAUGGUGCUCCCAUCAAGCCGACAUACAAAUCUCUUUCACCCUACGCUUUCAUGAAUAAUGAUGGGCCUUGA